AUGGUUACGCUAAAGUUGCUCCUUGCCAUCUCUACGAUUAAACAGUGGCAUACUCUACAAAUUGAUAUUAACAACGCCUUCCUUAACGGCGAUUUAAAUGAAGAGGUAUAUAUGUCUCUUCCCAAAGGCCUUACUGUUUCUCUUUCUUCUUGUGCAGAUCCUCCCCUAGUUUGCAAAUUACACAAGUCAAUCUAUGGCCUCAAACAAUCAUCUCGGCAGUGGUACACGACACUCUCAGAUGCUCUUCUCUCCGCUGGUUUUAAACAGUCACAGGCAGAUUAUACUCUCUUUACAAAGGGACAAGACGACCAGUUCAUUGCUCUCCUUGUCUAUGUUGACGACAUCAUCAUCGCCGGCCCAAAUCUCAAGCUGCUCCAUCAACUUCAGCACUCACUUCAUGCUCGUUUCAAACUAAAAGCUCUUGGUACACUCAAGUACUUCCUUGGUUUUGAAAUUGCCCGCUCUGAACGUGGUCUCUUCAUUUCCCAAAGACAGUACACAAUCAAUCUUCUUGAAGAUACAGGAUACCUGGGCAGCAAACCUGCCAAAACGCCUAUGGAUCCAAAGCUGAAACUUGACAACAUCCAAGGUGAACCUUUGGCAGACCCCUCUCAAUAUAGACGCCUUAUUGGACGUUUGCUUUAUUUGACACUGUCAAGACCUGAUAUCACCUACUCGGUUCACACCUUAAGCCAGUUCAUGUCUGCUCCCCGCACUACUCAUCUACAAGCAGUCCACCACUUGUUACGGUUUCUGAAAGGCAGUCCUGGCCAAGGCUUACUCUAUUCUUCUACUUCUUCUCUCCACCUCCGCGCUUUCUCCGACUCAGACUGGGCUGCUUGCCCUCUCACUAGGCGCUCUACUACAGGUUUUUGUGUGUUUAUAGGCGAUUGUUUGAUAUCUUGGCGAACUAAGAAGCAACCAACAAUUUCCAAAAGUUCUGCUGAAGCAGAAUAUCGUGCCCUUGCCGCCACUGCCAGUGAACUCACCUGGCUGCAAUACAUCCUAGCUGACCUCCACAUUCAUUCCUCCACACCCGCUUUUAUUUACUGUGAUAACCUCUCUGCUGUCCACAUCGCUAACAACCCCACAUUCCAUGAGCGAACCAAGCAUAUUGAGCUUGACUGCCACUUCAUUCGAGACAAAAUAAAGGCUGGUUCCAUACGCCUCAUUCCUGUUCGUAGUUCCCUCCAACUGGCAGAUGCUUUUACUAAAGCUCUCUCUUCAACCUCUCUCAAUUCUCAUAUCAGCAAGAUGACCGUUCAUGAUAUCCACCGUCCAUCUUGA